UGCACGAUUCUCAAUGGAGAGUGAAAGCACAGCUUCAUGAUGAGAACCAGCCCCCGUCGGCCACUGAUUCUCAAAAGACGGAGGCUGCCCCUUCCUACUCAAAAUGCCCCCGGGGAAGCAUCAGAGGAAGAAGCAAAGAGACCCCCUGCCCAGCAGGAGCCUGCUCAAGCACAGGCCUCCCAGGAGGUGGCAGAGUCCAGCUCUUGCAAAUUUCCAGCUGGAAUCAAGAUUAUCAACCACCCCACCAUGCCCAACACACAGGUGGUGGCCAUCCCCAACAAUGCUGAUAUCCAGAGCAUCAUCACAGCACUAACUGCCAAAGGGAAAGAGAGUGGCAGCAGCGGACCCAACAAGUUCAUCCUCAUCAGCUCUGGGGGGACCUCCUCUCACCCUCCUGGUCCUCAGCCUCAAGCCCAAACCAGCAGUGAUUCCAAGAGGACAGAGGUGAUCACUGAGACUCUGGGACCAAAGCCAGCAGCUAAGGGUGUGUCUGUCCUCAAGCCGCCUGGAACCCUUCCAAGACAAAGGCAGGAAAGCUGUGUUGGCAGUGAAGCAGCAGGCUGCACGCUGGACAGCAGCUUAACCAAUAUUCAGUGGCUUGGCAAGAUGAGUUCUGACGGGCUGGGCCCCUGCAGCAUUAAGCAGGAGAUGGAAGACAAGGAGAACUGUCACCUGGAGCAGAAUCAGGUUAAGGUUGAAGAGUCCUCAGGAACUAACACAUCUUGGCAAGACUCUGUGUCUGAAAGGCCGCCCUACUCUUACAUGGCCAUGAUACAGUUCGCCAUUAACAGCACUGAGGGAAAGCGGAUGACCUUGAAGGAUAUCUACACUUGGAUUGAGGACCACUUCCCCUAUUUUAAGCACAUUGCCAAGCCAGGCUGGAAGAAUUCCAUUCGUCACAAUCUUUCCCUCCAUGACAUGUUUGUACGGGAGACAUCUGCCAAUGGCAAGGUCUCUUUCUGGACCAUUCACCCAAGUGCCAAUCGCUACUUGACGUUGGACCAGGUGUUUAAGGUGAGCGUACUUGCCUCUGGAGAGCCAGAGUCGGUUACAGAGCCUUCUGAGGAACAGUGCUCCUCCUGA